CCUCUCGCCUUCCCCAUCGCUCUUAUCCUUCCCCCCUCCCCCCCCAAUCUUCUCCAUCGCUUUUCUCCCAACUCCAGUCCUCGGGUUGUCGUCCCUGUGACCCGAUUGUCUGGUCCCUUCUUCAAUUCUGAAUUUUCCACCAACCCCUCCCCCUUUCUGCGCGCGUAGGUGGUGUGUGGAUCAUUGUUCUCACCCCGAAAAAGAUCAAAGCCCUGCCUCACGAGACCAUCUCUGUCCAACUUUUACGCCUCUCCUCGGCUGCUAUUUCGGCAUCUCCUACUGUCCCUUGAAUCAUUCCCCGUGCUUGCUGCAAUGGAUAACAACAUGGAGAUCGAUGCGGCGCGGUCGCCCGAACCCCACCAUCUGUCGCCCACUACCGACCCGGGCUCGAUACCGACACUGGACGGAUGGAUCGAGAACCUCAUGAGCUGCAAGCAACUGGCGGAGGAAGAUGUGCGAAGACUGUGUGACCGAGCACGGGAAGUGUUGCAGGAAGAAUCGAACGUGCAGCCCGUUAAAUGCCCGGUCACUGUGUGCGGUGAUAUACACGGUCAAUUCCAUGACCUGAUGGAGCUUUUCCGCAUCGGCGGCCCGAAUCCUGACACCAACUACCUGUUCAUGGGUGACUACGUCGAUCGGGGUUACUACUCCGUCGAGACCGUGACGCUUCUUGUCAGCCUCAAGAUCCGGUACCCCCAGCGGAUUACGAUUCUCCGAGGAAACCACGAGUCCCGCCAGAUCACGCAAGUGUACGGCUUCUACGACGAGUGCCUGCGCAAAUAUGGCAACGCCAACGUGUGGAAAUAUUUCACCGACCUUUUCGACUACCUCCCCCUCACCGCACUCAUUGAGAACCAGAUCUUCUGUCUUCACGGCGGUCUGAGUCCGUCGAUCGACACGCUCGAUAACAUCCGGUCGCUGGACCGAAUCCAGGAGGUCCCCCACGAGGGACCCAUGUGUGACUUGUUGUGGAGUGAUCCCGACGACCGAUGCGGCUGGGGCAUUUCCCCCCGUGGUGCUGGAUACACAUUCGGGCAGGAUAUCUCGGAGGCAUUUAAUCACAACAACGGCUUGACUCUGGUGGCACGAGCGCAUCAACUGGUGAUGGAGGGAUACAAUUGGUCGCAGGAUCGGAACGUGGUGACUAUUUUCUCCGCUCCGAACUACUGCUACCGGUGCGGUAACCAGGCCGCCAUUAUGGAAAUUGAUGAGCAUCUGAAGUAUACGUUCUUACAGUUUGAUCCCUGCCCGCGCGCAGGAGAACCGAUGGUGUCGAGGCGCACGCCCGACUAUUUCCUUUGAUCCGAUCGUGAUAGACUAUUCAUUUUUCCCGCACCAAUCUUUCACUCACCUCCGGCAAGAUGAGGCUUCGACCCUUCGAAAGGGCACCAGGGAUUUGGAACCACCCGCAUACAGGCAGGCGAAGUGCCCAAAUAAUUGUAUGUCCGUAAUUCUGGCCGUGUUGAUACCAUCCAUGAAAAUAAAAAGACGUUCGCAA